AUGUCCCAUCACUGGGGAUACGGCCCGCACAACGGCCCCGAACACUGGCAUAAGGACUUCCCCGUCGCCAACGGCGAGCGCCAGUCACCAGUUGACGUCGACACCAAGGCCGUCGUCCCUGAUGCUGCUCUGAAGCCUCUGUCUCUUCUCUAUGGGCAAGCAGCUUCGCGGAGGAUGCUCAACAACGGCCACUCUUUCAACGUGGAGUUUGAUGACUCCCAGGACAAAGCAGUGCUGAAAGACGGACCUCUUACUGGCACUUACAGAUUAGUUCAGUUUCACUUUCACUGGGGUUCAUCUGAUGACCAAGGUUCUGAGCACACUGUGGAUAAGAAGAAAUAUGCUGCAGAGCUACACUUGGUUCACUGGAACAGCAAGUACGGCGACUUUGGAACAGCAGCGAAGCAGCCUGAUGGACUGGCUGUUGUAGGUGUUUUUUUGAAGGUUGGUGAUGCUAACCCAGCUCUCCAGAAAGUCCUUGAUGCGCUGGAUUCUAUUAAAACAAAGGGUAAGAGUGCUGACUUCCCUAACUUCGAUCCUUCCAGCCUCCUUCCUAACGCCUUGGACUACUGGACCUACCCCGGCUCACUGACCACCCCUCCUCUCCUCGAAAGCGUGACCUGGGUCGUGCUCAAAGAACCCGUCUCCGUUAGCAGUCAGCAGAUGUUGAAAUUCCGUACUCUUAACUUCAACGCAGAGGGUGAGCCUGAACUCCUGAUGGUGGACAACUGGCGUCCGGCUCAGCCCCUGAAAAACAGAAAAGUCAGAGGUUUCCCCAGAUAA